CCCUGGUCCUAGCUGGGCCUUUUCUUCCUGCACCCCAGAGUAAAGCAAGGUCUCAACUUUGUCAAUCAGCCUCACCCAAUCCACUUGCAACGAUGGAUGUAAAUGGUUCCAAGCGCUGGGAGCCCCACAGGUCGCUUGCUCUGAACCCUCCAUCAACCCCAGUAAACAAGAAUCGGCUGAAAGAAUCCUGUGGUGUGGUUGGUAACAAGCUGCCAGCAAAGCUGAGUGCUGUGGUCAUCGACAUGGGUUCUGGCACGUGUAAGAUGGGCUUUGCAGGACAGACUCGGCCCACCUACAUCGUAGCCAAUGUUGUGGGCUGCCAACCCAGGAAACAAACCACCAUGGGGCACUUCAAGGUGGAGACUUACGUUGGUGACGCUGCCCACGCUUGCCCGGAGUUAACCCUGACGCAGCCAGUUCGUAAUGGCCUUGUGGUGGACUGGGAAGCAGCUGAGCUCAUCUGGCGCCACAUUCUGGAGAGUGACCUCCGAGUGGCCACCCAGGACCAUCCUCUGCUCUUCACGGAACCACCCUUCAACCCUGCCAGAAACCGUGAGAAGCUGGUGGAAGUUGUCUUCGAGUCUCUGCACUCCCCUGCCAUGUAUGUGGCAUCCCAGUCUGUGCUGUCAGUCUAUGCCAAUGGGCGCGUCAACGGGCUGGUGGUAGACACUGGCCACGGGGUCAGCUACACAGUGCCAGUCUUCCAAGGCUACAACCUGCCCAAUGGCAUCCAGCGCCUGAACCUGGCUGGCCACUACUUGACCACCUUCUUGGCAGAGAAAAUCUUGCGGUCCAGCUUGCCGCUGAAGAAGGAAGACACGGACAACAUGGAGAGCAUCAAGCAUCAAUACUGCUAUGUGGCCUCGGACUUCCAGAAGGAGCAAGGUCGCCCUGAUGACAAAUUCCGGCGGUGCCUGAAGCUGCCAGAUGGACAGAUGGUCACAGUCGGGAAGGAGCUCUUCCAGUGCCCUGAACUACUAUUCCAUCCCCCGGAGACCUCGGGACAUUCAUCUUUGGGCCUCCCCGGCAUGGUGGAACGCAGCCUCUGCACAGUGCCCCAGGAGCUGCGGGCCGACAUGGAACAGAAUGUGCUGCUAUGCGGAGGUUCCUCUCUCUUCCCGGGCUUCGAAGGCCGCUUCAAGACUGAGCUGCUGCAAUGUCUUAGUCCACAAGCCCAAGUGGUUGUGGCCGCUCACCCCAACAGGAACCUCUCGGUGUGGAUUGGGGGAUCCAUUCUGGCCUCUCUGUAUGCCUUCCAGUCCCGCUGGAUCCAGCGUGAGCAGUAUGAGGAACAAGGUCCCAAUAUAGUGCUCCACAAGUGCUCUUGAUUCAGGACAGGGUGCAGAGGGGUGUGGGAAUAAAGCUUCCGUAGGACA